AUGACAACAUUCGACGAUUCAUUUACUACUCAAGCUACAGUGACGACAUCAUCGGUGUCGUCGUCGUCUGAUGAAGACAAUGGCGAUGAUCACAAGAAUAAUCAUAAAGUAGUAUUGAUAACGCCCUCUGAACCAAUUAAAGUUGAGCUGAAGUGUGAAAUGAAAGCUGAAUUAACAAUUAAACCAGAAGGAACACCGACAACAUCAAGAACAACAAUUGAAGAGAAUACUUCAACCCCGAAUAUUGUACCUUAUGAUGAUGAUGACGACGAUGUUGAUGGUGAUGGGGAUGAUGAAGCGCCCAACAUUACAUUCGAUACUAAUACUUCUCCAUCGCCUAUUGAUGAUACCACUACUACUACUACUACUAUUAUUAUUGGUGGUGCUACCUCUGAUCAUGUAAUCAAUACCAUUGAUACUAAUAUAAACGAUGAUAAGGUUACCAGUCGUAAACGUCCAUCUGAGGAGGAUAGUAGUAGUAGUCCUUCUCUAUCGGAUACAAAGAAAAUACGAUUAGUGCAAGAGAUAUUCCUGAAGAGGUCCAAUAACGACGAUGAUAAUAAUAAUAGCGAUGAUUGCAUUUAUAUAACAGCAAGAACUUUAUGUAUGAAUUCGCUUUCUUGA